AUGCUCACCAGGGUUUUCUGUGCUCUCCUGCUUCUGUGUCUGUACAGUUCAGGCUCCUCUCUGAGCUGCAGAUGGAUCGAUCAUAAAUUCAGAGACUACAGUGAGAACUCCCUGGAUCUCCUGGAGAUGAUGGCUGACCAUGACACCACUGAGGAUGCAGGGGAGAACACCGUGGCCUUCCCUCAUCAUCUGUACAACCAGGCCUCCAGAGCAUCAGCUGAGGAUAAAGUGGCGUUCACAGUUCAGGUCCUGAGGGAGGUGUGUGCCCUGUUUGAGGAGGAUGACAGCUCUUCAUCAUGGCAGGAGAGAACGCUGGAGAACUUUCUCAACGUUGUGAACAGACAGGCAGAUGAGCUUCACUCCUGUAUUGGAAGUCACAAGAAGAGAAACAGGAGGCUGCACAUGUUUUUCAAGAGACUCUCACACAAUGUCCUUGGACAAAUGGGCCACAGUGCUCGAGCGUGGGAGCUGAUCAGGCAGGAAGUCAAAGCUCAUCUCCUGGCCGCAGACCAGCUGGUUGCAUCUGUGCUCACCUCCAACUGA